UGGCAGUAUAUCAAUAACAGUACUGUAGUGUUUAAUAAUUUAAUUUGCUAAAAAUCCAACUUGUUUACAUUAUUAACAUCGUUCUUUGAGGCACAAAUAAUAUGGAAGAGCAUGUCGACCAAAUUCUAGAUAGAGUGAUGGCUACACCUGGCAAUCUUGGAUGCUUAUUGGCAAAUAAUCAAGGGUUGUGCAUCGGUGCACGGGGUAAUGCUUCAGACAAGUCAGCAGGAAUAAUAGUGGCUAUUUCUGAGCAAGCGGCAAAAUUGGACCCCAAUUGUAAUGCCCCUGUGGUUUCCCUGGAUGUUGGCGAUAAAUUAUGUAUAAUUCAUAAGAAUGGUGUCACCGGAGCGGUUUUCAAAGAAGUUUAGUCAAAUACGUAAUUGUUUUAAAAUUUGUUAGGCGAUAAAUAAACAUUUUUACUUAUAA